AUGUGUGUGCUGGCAGUAUUCGCAUUCCCCUGGAUUAAAUACGACCUGCAGUAUCUGAGAACAGCGUUGAAGUUAAUCCGGUAUAUACAGAGGAGAACCGCCAAACGCGACUUCGCCGUAGACUCUCUGGAGAGGCAGGUGCGUGAACGGCCCAAACAGACGUUCAUCAUCUACCAAGACAACAACUACACCUACGAGUUCGUGGACCAGAAAGCGAAUCAGAUAGCUCGGGCUGCCCUCAAACUGGGACUGAAGCCUAAAGAUGUUGCUGCAAUCAUGAUGACCAAUGAACCAGCGUUUAUCUGGACAUAUUUCGGUCUGCAGAAGAUCGGCGUGUCCGUCUCCCUCAUCAACUAUCACCUCCGCCACAAGGCUCUCGCCCACUCCAUCACCAGCUGCAAGCCUAAGAUACUCAUCGUAGGUCAAGAUGACGAACUUACUGAUGCCGUACACGCAAUAUGGGAUGAUGUGAAACACAUGCAGGUAGUGGUACAUGGUCCGGCAGCCUCAAGACUCAACGUGGAUUCACUGUCACAGAUUGCAGGGCGCGAGUCGACAGACUCUGUUGACCAAAGCUACAGAGAGGACAUAGCAGCAACAGACGCAGCCUCCUUCAUUUUCACUUCCGGUACAACAGGUUUACCGAAACCUGCAAUCAUCACUCACAGGCGGACAGUUCUUGCCACUGCCAUAUUCUCGUCCUUUGACUUCAAUGAGCAUGACAUUCUGUACGAAACCCUUCCUCUGUAUCACUCCGCGGGCCUCGUUAUCGGUGUGUUCUCUGUUGUUCAUGCAGGCGCUGUCAUAGUUUUACGGAACAAAUUUUCCGCCAGCAAUUUCUGGAACGACUGUCGUAAACACAACGUCACAGUGGUGCACUACAUCGGGGAAAUGUGCAGGUAUCUCGUCCAAAAACCAGUGGUCCCGGAUGAAGCACGUCACAACAUCCGGGUCGCAGUGGGAAACGGCCUCCGAAAGGGCAUCUGGGAAUCCUUCACAAGGAGGUUUCGGAUCCCGCGGGUAGUGGAGUUCUAUUCUGCGACCGAGUCAGUUAUAGGAUUUGCAAAUAUAUUCGACAAAGUGGGAAAGGUUGGGAGGUCUUCUCCGCUGACGAGGAUUCUUGCCCCGGCCAUAUUGGUCCAGUUUGAUCACGUGACUGAAAGUGCCAAAAGAGAUGCCGAUGGCAGAUGUAUAGAGAUAGCGAAAGACAGUGUGGGUCUUCUCAUCGCUCCCGUCAACGAACGGAGGACAUUCGAGGGUUAUUUUGACCGCCCGGCUGAGAAUGAAAAGAAACUUCUAUAUGACGUCUUCAAGCCUGGCGACGUCUACUUCAACACGGGCGACCUCUUCUACCUAGACAACGAAUACUUUGUGUCCUUUCAAGACCGCACAGGAGAUACAUACAGAUGGAAGGGAGAAAAUGUCUCCACGCAUGAAGUAUCCAACGUGCUGUCUGCCAUAGACUUCCUCUACGACGCCAACGUGUAUGGUGUUGCUGUUCCAGGGUGCGAAGGAAAAGCCGGCAUGGUCGCUAUUCGCCUAAAAGACAACACUUCAAUAGAUUCCAAGAAUCUUCAACAAAUUAGCGCCCACUGCGCGGAACAACUUCCGGCUUAUGCACGCCCGAGAUUCCUACGCUUUCAGCGUGAAGUGAACCUGACAAGCACCUUCAAGCACCAGAAGGUCCGGCUCGUGAAUGACGGAUUUGAUCCAUCCAGCAUAGACGACCCCCUGUAUUAUUUUGACUCUGUCUCAAACCAGUACAAAGCCCUCACACGGAGUGUGUAUACAGACAUCGUUAAUGGGAAGAUCACUGUCUAGGGGGCAUGUUGGGUAGUCCUCAAUAUUGGGAUGACGUGAGAGAGCUAGGACAAUACCUAGCCUCCAAAAGUUAUUUCUCAACGGAAGUAGAAAUCAAGCGUGAAGUGUAUCCGGAAAUUCCUUUUCAAAACCGGUUGACCGACUAAGUACAAGUGCUUGUAGAAUACACGCAGCUACAAUCCUUUACUCUCAAGAAGAUCUUAUGGAUUUCCAGGGCCGAACUGGUCCCCUCAUGCACUGGGUGGUUGAUGUGUUACUGUCAAUAAACCACUGCUUUGUCUGUUCCGGACCAAGGGUAGUCACUCUACGGGGUAAUUAAAAUCUGAUCAAUAAACGUUCCGAGAAAUUGAGAAAUAAGAAAAUCUCACUGUCCAAGUGAUAUCAAUUUAGCUAUAUAUACGUAGAUAUUAUUUCAUCACAUCCUGGCCCCCUCAAGGGUGCACAACCUAGCUUGUGUACCUGCAUGAUGUACUCGGGUUGUGAUCCUUUUUAUGUAUGAUGCAAGUUCCGUAUACAUUAUCUGACAAGUAUACAGUAUAGGUACCAACGAUCAAUCACCUGCAUAUAGAAAAGUGACCACACUCCCUGAACUUGUGAACAGCGGUUCCAGGUUCCGACUCACCAGUCGGCAAUAUACCAGCUAUACCAUCACAGACAGUAUACGAUCAUUCCAGAGCAAACUAGUGGUUACCGUGAAGACAAUCCACAGUGUCGUGUCACGAUGCAAAUCCAUUGCCCGAGUGGUACAAUAAGCAUGGUAUACCUAUAGUACGUACCCUAUCCGCCUUUCCAAGCCAGUUUACUUGUAAGAGUCCAGACAAGUGGUGAUUUUACAGGGUCAUCUAAUGCGAUA